UCCAAAAAUACGCAAUAAAUUAUAAAACCUUGCCAUCUUUCUUUCUUUCUUUCUUUCUUUCUUUCUUUUAUCAGACGGUUAGGUUUUUAGUACAUGCAUCAGUGUAAGUCUUCGUUUGGCCCGGUCGAAGUUUUCGUAGCCAUUCUUGUGUAUCGGUCAGUGCGUGUGAGAUUAUCGUUACUGAGCUAGUGACUAGUGAACCGUUCCCUGUGUUUCUCCUUUGACGUGCCCAGACUCUGAGACUCGCCCCACCGGAUUCCUGCGUACAAAGAAAAUCCCAGAAUCAUCCGAUUGACUUUUAGAACGACAGCUACAUAUACCAUUAUUUUUGUCCCAUAAUAGAAUUUAUUUGUUCCGUGAAAUUCCAUGAUGAAACCUCUUGCGAAAACAGCACUUAAAGUGGGUGUAGCUAUUGCUGCACUGGAAGCAACAUCUUGGUAUGGCAUCUGGAAGGAUAGCCAGGCUGCAACGACGGGAUACCAGGAUGCUAAAGAUUCUUUUAUUGGCACUGUCGUUCCUCAGUUGAAGCCUUACGCAGACAAGAUUCCUUUCCCGGACGUAAAAGCACCUCAGAUAGAUUGCAGAGAGACGUGGAAUAGGUGGGUUCUUUGUGGUAUCUCCAUGCUUUCUAAUGCGCCUACCAAGAUUUGCGAAUUUGCCAGUACGGCUUGGGAUAAGAUGAGCAAGAAGUCUAUUUGAUGUGUGCUUCUACAGUGCAAGCGGAAAUUUAAAAUUUAAAUUGUAAAGCAUUUAUGCGUUUGAUGUUUUGGGUAUUGUGUGAACUGCUGUAAAGUAUGACUUUUGCUGUUGGUGAGUUGUUAAUUGUUUGGGUGCAGUUGUUAUUUGUAUCAUGGAAAUUUCGUUGCUGAAUCGCCGCAUCUUUUAGAAAAAGAAUUGUGCUGUAAGUUGUAACUCGACCGAUUUUGAA